AUGGACGGUAAUAGGAGGCAAUUUUUCAGGAAACCAGUAAAUACUCAAUUUAAACGACAAGGGGUGAGUAUUAGUAGUAGGAAAGGGAAAUGGAAUGAUUCUCGCGAAGAAUUUUCAGGAAAUUCUCUUCUUGAUGAUACUGUUUAUAGGAUACUCUGUCCUUCGAGAAAAAUCGGGAGUGUUAUUGGAAAAGGUGGGAAUAUAGUGAAAGCUUUAAGGGAAGAGACACAGUCGAAAAUUACAGUUGCUGAUUCUGUUCCAGGUUCGGAUGAGAGAGUGAUUAUUAUAUAUAGUUCUUCUGAUAAACCUCCAAGAGAAAAGGAUGGUGAUGAGGGUUUGGCUAAUGAGAAUCAGCUGGAAGAAUUGGAACCACAUUGUGCCGCGCAGGAUGCACUUUUGAAAGUUCAUGACCGGAUUGUUGAGGAAGAUCUUUUUGGUGGAAUGGCAUCGGAUGAUGAUAAUGAGAAUAAUGUUGUUGCGGCAAGACUUCUUGUUCCGAACAAUAUGGUAGGUUGUGUUUUAGGAAAACGGGGAGAUGUUAUUCAGAGAUUAAGAAGUGAGACUGGUGCAAACAUACGUGUUCUUCCUGCUGAUCAUCUCCCUUCUUGUGCUAUGGAAACUGAUGAAUUGGUCCAGCUCACUGCUUUCGAGCAUUUGUAUGCAGAAGCAUCAUCGUUUGCGUUGGUGUGCAUGGAGACACGAAUCUCUGGAAAACCUGCUUUGACAAAGAGGGCACUUUAUGAAAUAUCCACUCUAUUGCAUCAGAAUCCACGCAAGGACAAACCUCCAAGUGUUCCUAUGCCUUAUGGUGGUCGAACUUUUCAUCCUCCUGGUGAUGCCAUGGCAAACAUGCUUCCACCAGGAAAUCCAAUGUGGCCUCAUCGUAACUCUACUUCCCACGGUAUGCCACCCAUGCCAUGGAUUAGGGAAUUUGGGAAUCACCCUUCAGAAUUUGGUCCAGGAGGAAGGGAAUUUGCAAAUCAACCUUCAGAAUUUGGCCCAGGUGGCUUUAAUGGUGUUCCUCCAGGACAUGGAAGGGAGCCUUCAGCUGAGUUUUCGAUGAAAAUUUUGUGCUCUACUGGGAAAAUUGGUGGGGUAAUUGGGAAAGGAGGAUCUAAUGUUAAGGUUGUACAGCAGGAAACAGGAGCUAGUAUUCAUGUUGAGGAUGCAUCAGCGGAGUCAGAAGAACGUGCAAUUCGUGUCUCUGCUAUGGAGGGUCCCUGGAAUCCAAGAUCACAAACCAUUGAAGCAAUUCUUCAGCUUCAGAAUAAAACAAGUGAAUUUUCUGAAAAAGGUAUGAUAAUUACUAGACUUCUGGUUCCGUCAAGUAAGGUUGGCUGUAUCCUUGGACAAGGAGGUCAGGUUAUCAAUGAAAUGAGGAGGAGAUUGCAGGCAGACAUUCGUGUUUACCCCAAGAAUGAAAAGCCUAAAUGUGCAUCCGAAGAUGAAGAGCUUGUACAGAUAUCUGGAAAUUAUGGUGUUGCUAAAGAUGCUUUAGCAGAGAUUACAUCAAGACUCAGAGCAAGAACUUUGCGAGAUGCAAAUGCUGGAACAGAACCUGGGCCUGUCCCGGGCAUUGGGUCGGCACGAAACUUACCAGGAAGAGGACCCCCAUCAUCUGGUAUGAUGGGAGCUAGCAGCUCUGGUGGAUACGAACUUCUUAGGGGUGGAAGAUGUGAUUAUGAGCCUCAGAGUUAUCCCAUUCCUCCAGCUGCUACUGGAUACCCAAAUAUGAACCGGGUUUUGGAGGCUAGUAACUCUCGUAAUAUGAACUGUGUUUUGGAGGCCAAUAAUACACAUAAUGGAAUGAAUUCUGUUAUGAGAUCUGGAGGGCGUGAUGUUUCAAGUACCAAUGAGGUUUCUGGAAGAAGGGUGAAGUUUCAACAUCCUCAUUAUGGCAGUUCUGAAGUUGAAAAUCAUGGAUCUUCUGAGCAUUUGACUGCUGCUCAAGGUCUUUAUCAAGCUUUCAUGUCUUCUGGCGGACAGAACCUGAAUUCCCACCAGGGUUCGUCCUACCAAAACAACGUAAAUGCCCAGAAAAGCUCCUACCAAAGCAUGAAUUGUCAGCAAGACACCUAUCAAAGCAUGGGUGUUCAGCAGGACACCUACCAAAGCAUGGGUGGUCAGCAGGACCCCUAUCAAAGCAUGAGUGGUCAGCAGGACCACUACCAAAGCAUGAGUGCUCAGCAGAGCACCUACCAAAACAUUCAUGCUCAGCAGAACACGUACCAGAACGUGAGUGCUCAGCAGAGCCCCUAUCAAAAUAUGAGGCCGCAGCAAAGCCCCUACGCAACGACUGCCCAGCAAGGUGUCUACACGAAUAUCAAUGCUCCACACAGUGGUCAGCAAGGCACUUACCAGUACUGA